UUGGCCAUCUAAUCCGGGGCAAUCCGCGGCCGGGUGGAGUGCGGGGACCUCGGGACUUGGACGGUGCUGGUCCGCCCUGUCUGCUCUGCUUCGCCAUGCCUCGGAAAAUUGAGGAAAUCAAGGACUUCCUGCUCACGGCCAGGCGGAAGGACGCCAAGUCUGUCAAGAUCAAGAAGAACAAGGACAAUGUAAAGUUCAAGGUGCGCUGCAGCAGAUACCUGUACACCUUGGUCAUCACAGACAAGGAGAAGGCUGAGAAGUUAAAACAGUCCCUGCCCCCUGGUCUGGCAGUGAAGGAGCUGAAAUGAAGCAGAUACCACCGUUUGGAAUGUAUUAAAAUCUUGAAAAGUC